ACCUUCAGUGAAUGGUCUUUAUGUUGGAUGUGUGUUCUUGCGUGUGAUUGGCUGGAUUGGUGAGGGGGAGGAGCUAAUGUGGCUGGCAGACCCUGAAUAGUUCACGAUCCCUGGCUGUGUUUCUUAUAACGUCAUCAUGAAGAUCGCCCUGGUGAGCAUCUCUUUGCUGAUGCUCCUGACUGACAUCCACGCCAGCGUCCAACCGCAGAAAGACUUUGACCUUCAGAGAUUUGCAGGGAGAUGGUAUCGGCUCGGUCUGGCCUAUGAUUCUCCAGGGUUUGUGCGCUACAGAAGCAGACUCACCAUCUCGAUGGGCACAGUGGAGCUGAAGGAGAACGGGAACGUCAGCAUGACCAUGUGGAGUGUAACUUCCUCUGGCUGUCAUUCUGUGGUCUACAUUUAUAAGACGACGUCUGUUCCCGGUGUACUUACCUACUACAGCACUCGUCAUAGAAGGGUGAAGGAUGUUACUGUGGUGGAGACAAACUACACAGAGUAUGCCCUGGUCCUCAAACACAAGAAGUUUAACAAGGAGUUCACACAAGUGGCCCUUUAUGGCCGUACUGAGAAGUUGAGAGCAGAUGUGAUGGAGAAGUUCAGAGCAUAUGCCACAGCUCAAGGAUUCCCUAAAGACUCCAUACUGACUCCACCAGCUGCUGAAAACUGUCCUUCUUCAGUUGUUAUAUUUAAAUAUAACGCUGAAAAAACACUGAAUUCAAGCGCCGAAGAAGUGUGGAAAUACAGAGAGAGGUAUUGUCACAUCUCUGAUUAUCUUUGCUGGCGAAAAUUUAACUUUUUUUGUUUCUGUUCAUGUUGCGUAUGUGACUCACAUCUGGAGUUUAACAUGCAAAAUGAAAGUUAAUGUGUAAAUAUGAGUACAUCUCUUCUCUUGUGUUGAAGAUUUUCUUAUAGAAUCUGUUUUAACGGGAAAAAGCUAACUGCUUACUGAGUGAUUGUGACUGAAAAGUCAUGCUCACUGGAUGAAAUUUUUGUGACAGAUGUUUGGUAAUUGUAAAUAAAGAUCUAAUUCUAAAGGAUGUGGUGAGGUGUCACAACACAUAGUUACUGGGGUGCCUCAGGGCUCAGUUCUUGGACCUCUUCUCUUCUCUAUCUUCACUAGGUUCUGUCAUUCAGAAACAUGGCUUUUCAUAUCACUGCUAUGCUGAUGAUACUCUGCUCUAUCUCUCAUUACAUCCUGAUGAUCCGACGAUAGCUGCUCACAUAACAGCUUGUCUAACAGACAUUUCUUGCCGGAAGAAGGACCAUCACCUUCACCUUCACCAACACAGAACUGAUUGUUGUUUUAGUCAACCCAACACUUCAACACAAUUUCUCCAUCCAGCUAUGUGCAUCAAUCACAAUUCCUUCAAGGACAGCCAUGAACCUUGGAGUUGUGAUAGACGAUCAGCUGAAUUUCACAGACUACAGCUGCCCUGUCCUACCAGAUUUACCUUAUACAAUAUUAGGAAGACCAGGCCCUUUCUAUCUAAAAAUGCUACACAAUUCCUUGUUCAAGCUCUUGUUCUGACCAGGCUGGACUAUUGCAACGCCUCCUUGCCAGUUCUUCCAGCCAGUUCUGUCAAACCCAUGCAACUAAUUCAGAAUGCGGCAGUAAAAUUAGUCUUUAACACGCCGAAAAUAGUACAACACUUCUGUUCAUCAACUUGCACUCAAGGCACUAAUGUUUGUCACAAAAUAACCACUGACUCUGCACCCCUUUACCUAAAUUCACUCACUUCUUCAGACGUAACACUAGCUCUUUUCUACCUUGUUUAAUAUCCCUCUAUCAUCUAUUUUCUGUCUACUUUUUAUUCUUUUUAUUUAUUACCUGAAAACAAUUUUAUAUAAAGCAAAAGAAAAGUUAAAUCUCUUUUUAAC